ACUACGACAACUGCAGCACCUACGACAACUGGAGCACCUACUACGACAACUGUAGCUCCCACAACAACUACUUCUGCAGCUCCUACGACAACUGCAGCUCCUACGACAACUGCAGCUACUACAACUGCAGCAGCUACUACAACUGCAGCAGCUACUACAACUGCAGCACCUACGACAACUGCAGCACCUACGACAACUGCAGCACCUACGACAACUGCAGCACCUACGACAACUGGAGCACCUAGUACGACAACUGCAGCGCCUACUAUGACAACUGUAGCUCCCACAACAACCACUUAUGCAGCUCCUACGACAACUGCAGCUACUACGACAACUGCAGCACCUACGACAACUGGAGCACCUACUACGACAACUGCAGCGCCUACUACGACAACUGUAGCUCCCACAACAACUACUUCUGCAGCUCCUACGACAACUGCAGCUCCUGCGACAACUGGAGCACCUACUACGACAACUGCAGCACCUACUACGACCACUGCAGCGCCUACUACGACAACUGUAGCUCCCACAACAACCACUUCUGCAGCUCCUACGACAUCUGCAGCACCUACGACAACUGGAGCACCUACGACAACUGCAGCACCUACGACAACUGGAUCACCUACUACGACAACUGCAGCACCUACUACGACCACUGCAGCGCCUACUACGACAACUGUAGCUCCCACAACAACCACUCCUGCUGCUCCUACGACAACUGCAGCUCCUGCAACAACUGCAGCUACUACGACAACUGCAGCACCUACGACAAAUGGAGCACCUACUACGACAACUGCAGCGCCUACUACGACAACUGUAGCUCCCACAACAACUACUUCUGCAGCUCCUACGACAACUGCAGCACCUACGACAACUGCAGCACCUACUACGACCACUGCAGCGCCUACUACGACAACUGGAGCUCCCACAACAACCUCAACAACUUCUACAACUGCAGCUCCUCCAACCACUAUGACUGCAGCAACUACUACGACAACCGCAACUGCACCUACUGCUACAACCACAACUGCAGAUCCUACUACAACAUUAGUUGUAGUUUCAAGCACUGCAGCAGCUGAAUCUGCAACAACUGUAGGUCCUACUAUAACAACUGUAGCUCCUAAAACAGCUACAACUGCAGCAACUACUACAACUGAAGCUGCAAACACAACCAAACCUACUACGACAACUACAACUAAUGCUCCUACGACCUCCACAACAGCAACACCUGCAACGACAAUUGCCGCUCCUACGACAACUGCAGCUCCUAUAACAACUGCAGCUCAUACAACUGCAGCUCAUACGACAAUAACUGUAUCUCUUUUUACCACUACAACUGUAGCGCCUACUACAGCCACAACAGCAACACCUACAAAUACAACUAGAGCACCUCCUACAGAAACUACAAUUGCACCUACUACGACAACCACUACUGCAACUUCUAUGAUAACUGCAGCUCCUCUGACCAAUGCAGCUCCUACGACAACCAGAACUUCAGCUUCUACGACGAACACCACCUUAGCUCCUACGACAACAACGACAACUGCAACUCCUAUGACAACGACAACUCCAGCACCUAAUAUGACAACCGCAACUGUAGCUACAACAACAACUGUAGCUCCUACAACAAUAAUAUCUGUAGCUUCUACAACCACUAAAACCGCAGCAACUACUACAACUGAAGCUCCGACAACAACCACACCUACUAUGACAGCUACAACUGAAGCUCCUAUGAUCACUUCAACAGCAACACCUGCAACACCAACUGUAGCUCCUACGACAACUGCAUCUCGUACGACAACUGCAGCUACUAGGACAACUGCAGCUCGUAUGACAACAACUGUAUCUCUUCUGAACAUUACAACUGAGGUACCUGCUACUGCUCCUACUACAACUACAUCAGCAGCGCCUACGACAACCACUGCAGCUCUUACUACAACAUUUGUAGAUAUUACAACAACUACAACUAGAGCACUUGCUACAGAAACUACAAUUGCACCUACUACGACAACCACAAGUGCAGCACGUACUACGACAACUGCAGCACCUACGACAACUGCAGCUUCUACGACAACUGCAGCUCCUACGACAACCACAACUGCAGCUUCUACGACAACUGCAGCUCCUACAACAACCACAACUGCAGCUUUUACGAGAACUACCACUGCUCCUACUAUCAACAGCACCAUAGAAACUCCUACUUCCACAACCAUAACUGAAGCUUCUAUAACCACCACAACUGUAUCUUCUACUAUGACAACCACAACUUCAGCUGCCAUAAUGACAACUACAAAUGUAGCUCCAACAAUGGCAACUCCAGCUCUUACAGCCACCACCACCACUGUAGCUUCUAGCAUGGCAAUUCAACCUGCAGGUCCUACAACAACGACCACAACUGUUGCUCCAACAAUGACUACAACUGCAGCACCUACAAGUACAACCACAAUUGUACUUCCAACUUUUACUUCAACUUCUAUGGUUUCAGGGACAUCAACUACUUCUAUGGCUUCAGGGACAUCAACAACCAGAUUUGGCACAGUGGUGGUUUUUGUUAGACUGGUGUUCCAGCUCAACACACUAGUCCCCACUGAGGAUGAUGUCCUUGGUGUCAUCAACAAGCAACUGUCUCGUCAAUUCAACAUUCAGAGAAGCACUCAGACUACCUUCCAGAAUGCAACUUAUAUCAAACUUACACUUACUUCAUUUGCCGUCGAUCUUGGUUUCAAAAUAACCAAUGUAACCAUGGAGUCUCAAAGAGAUAGACUCACAUUCACCAGCGAGACCUACAACAAGAUACAGGAUUCAAUUAACAGCCUACUCCAUGAAAUUCUUAGUAAACCAGAUGGCAAACCAUUUGUCUUUCCCAAUGCCAACUUCACGUCUCCUAACAACCACGGUUGCCCCAACAACUACCAGUACCUCACCACUUCCAACCCUUUUGCUGACCACUACUUUCAAUACCACAAGUAA